AUGGCCAUUCCGCUUGGUCUCCUUAGCCCACUGGAGCAGAGCUGGCUGCGCUUCCUCCAUACAGUCCACCUCAGUGACCCAACCUACUCUUUCCAAAAGAUAUUCACUCACCUCCCCAGCCGACACUUGAUCUCUCUCCAGUCGAAGUUUGAUAACGCUCCCGGCGGGUGUCUGUCCUGCAGCGAAUUUGUUUCUGCUAUUGCCUCUUCUCGCGAGAUAUUCGCCUCCAUCAACGAGCGUGGAACUACCGGACUAAAACGUUUGGCACGUGUCCUAAACUCAUACAUAAGCAUUUACAACGAUGAUGUUCAUGGGGGAAACAAGUUUCUUGCAAGAUUACGUGCCCUUAUACUGAUUUUUAAUCAUAUCGAUAUAACGCGUGUUAAUAAGCUUUCCUGGGCAGAUUUUUCUAAUUUCCUUUCCAGCUUUGUCACUCCAGCGCUUGCGAUAUCAAAUUCGCACGUUGCUACAAUCUAUAAUACGUCAAUCUACUCUAAAUACUUACUUUCUACCAAAAUCUUAGAGCCCAUCUAUUCGGUAAGCUACUCAUCUGAAGCAGAUGCAUUCUUGGCCUGUUGCCGAGACAACAAUGUGCACAUUUUAGACAGCAGCACGUUUUUGCGCCAAGCGAUUCUGCAGGAGCACAAGGCCCUCCCUGUGGUUGCCACAUCUUUUAAGCCUGCGAUUGAAGGCUUUAAUCACGCAAAAAACAGAAGCCAGCCUGGUAAUGGGCGACGAGUAAUAGGUGGAUUUAAUUAUAUCACCUCUGGAGCUGAUCGGAAAAUAAUAAUAUGGAAUGGAAUAGCACAUACUCCGGUCUCCAUCCUUCCAACAGAAAACAUUCACACUGCACUGGCAACCAUAGAUGAGCUCCACUAUCGGAAGUCCUCUCUGUCGCCGGCGAUCUUCAGUGGAGAUGACCAUGGAAACGUACACUUUUGGAAGCUUACUGAGCAGCAUAUUCCUCAGCAGGCCUCCCCCACACGUACCUAUAAGAAAUUCAACUCAGAAGAGCCCACCAAUGUCUCGCUCAUACGAGACAUGUACUUUGCCAAAAGAUCGAAGGAUCCUUCUCAGCAGGUGCAACCAAAAGGUCACCUUAGAACGUCUUCCAAGCAGCCAAGACCAAGUGACUUCUUUCUAAAAUCAGAUGCACAGGCAGAUGAAACUAAGAGAACGACUGAUACGCUGGUUGCUGGUAUUGAUACUAGUGCUAUCAAUGAUGAACUUGAAGAUGACAGCCACGGUACUGCCGUGCAGUUUUACAAUUCGAUGACCAGCGCGAGGCGGAAGCCCAAUUCGUCUGUUCUAAAAGAAGAUGCAGAGAACUUAAUACUCUUUUACGACAUGAAGAAUUUUAGUGGGCACGUGCCUUUUGCUGAAGGAUAUAAUCUUUCGUUCUUCUUAGAGGACAGCGACGACUGGAAGAAAGCCUCGGGAGAAUAUCAGCAGGACACCUACAAGUACGAUGCUGUCCUGACUCGUCUUUUCAACGACACAUUUGAAGCCAGCAACAUAGCAGCACCAACUCCUGAGUUCACAGAGCUUGCCAAGAGGAUGGCAACGGCAAUCCAAGCAAAAGAUCCGCCUGAUUCGGCAGCUAACAAUGGCUUAUUCUCUGCUGCAUCAAAUAUGAAUGAACAGAAACUGACUCUAGCAGAAUCAAAUGUGUAUACACAUAAUCAGAGACAGACAGACUCUAGUACCUCUAGUCAAGAUAGCGAUGAAUCGACCGGCUUCAGCGACGAUUCGGAUGAUGACUCUAUUAAGCAAGUUCAGCGAAACAAGGCCCUGAUACAAAAGCAUAUGGCGACAAACCGGCGCAGACAGAAGUACAUUCAAAACUCCUUUAAAUCUAUGGGGACACAAGAGCUAGCUCCAAUACCUAUCUGGACCAUCAAAGCCCACAAGGAUUGGGUUACGUGCCUUUGCCUUGACACAGUGACAAGCAACAAUUCCACGAUUUUGGCAUCUGGCGGUGCAGACGGACUGAUAAAUGUCUACGAUAUCAAUAGAGGGGUUGCAAACUCCAAUCUGCAUUUUCAUAAAGACUCUAUUACAGGCUUGGCAUGGCUUCAUCGUAGAGGUCUCCUAGCAGCGUGCUCGCACGACCGCAAGCUCACUCUGUGGAGUCUUGGGACCUCCAAUACAAAACCCGUGUCAGUAAUAUCCACAUCUGAUGCCCCGUAUGUUGGGGUUUUUUCUCACAAGCUCAAGAGUGAGAUUGUCUCAGUGGAUGCAACGGGGAAGGUGGCAGUCUAUGAUGUGCGGAGGAUGGAGCCAAUUCACACAAUCGGAAAUAAUAUGGCGAAGACAGGAAGGAUCGUCUCUGCAGCAUAUAACGGGUAUACGGGCCUUAUCUCAACCGUGGGGAGGACCAUAAACUAUGUCGUUCCUGUCAACGAGGAUGACACUCAUCGCUGCUCGCUUUCACCAAUUAAUGUUUGGUGCUGUUCUCCCACUGCUCCUAUCGUCUUGUUUGUUAGUGACGGUUCCCUUCAGUUUUGGGAUAUGCUUUAUGGGAAGCUAUUGCGGUCUGUUAGCCACGUUUUUACGCCCUCGUUGUACUUUAGGUCUAAGGAAAUAGAACGAAACACGCGGGAAAUGCUUGAUCUCCCACAUCUGGAUGUCGAGGAAACUAGGUCUGCCAUGAAGACCAGCGCCGCGUCCUACAAUUUAUUCAACUUCCUUCCUCCUAUUGGCAAGGAUGAUGUAGGUAAGUCUGGGUCGUCCCGAGGGGCUCAUAAGCAAAGCUUUUCAUACAACUCUAACUAUGAUAAAUUGAAGAAGACCAAAGAAGGGGCACUAGGAUAUAUCGAUUCUCGCUUAAAUAACAGUGAUGAGGCUCAGAUGUACCAGAAGAAUGUAUCGAAUCUAUUCAACACAGACUUCUUCGGAGAAAUUAACCUGAAGCAGUUGUCAUUGGACAAUAUUCGCGAGUUACACAACCAAGAGCAGCAAUUUCUAAAGAAGUUAGAGAAGGGCGACUGCGGUACAGUUACGUUCGGGCUCGAGUGCACCGCAAUUGCUCUCUCUUCAGACACGAAUGUUUAUGGUGUGGCUAUGACGGAUGGACGCGUGACACUUUAUGAACGGGUAACAGAUAAGGUUCUCAUGAAAAUUCGGUACACGAGUGCAUAUCACGAUCAGAAGCAGCUCCACAUGGAGCAGUACUUUGAUGCCAUCGGAGUUAAAAUGGAGCCCCAGCUUGAUAGAGUCGUCAGUAGUGACUCUUUAUGUUCAGGAGUUGACUGGUCCGGAUCCAAAGCCUCCAAGGGCAUGCGGGUGCGUCAACUAGCGGCGGCAGCUAAGGACGACUUCCAUAAAGAGGCCUGUGAAGGGGCGUCUUCUGCGGAGGCUAACUUGUAUGAUGAUGAGCCAUGCACCAAUCUGUUUUUCUCUGAACACCUCACCCCUCUCUGUGUCCAUCACCACGGACUCGGAGCAAUGAACUCAAACGCCAAGAGUAUGGCGAAUGAGGCACAGCUUUCUCUGAAGAGUAUGGAAGAAGGAUCUAGCACGCAACAGGUAGUGGCAAGUGCCACGAUAGCCACGCAGGAAUCGACCUUUACACCAAUGAUAGUCUGGCUUUUCUUCAAACAAUCUGCACGUGUAUACACAUACAGGAUUGCAAAGGACCAACCAUACCUCCUAGGACGGCUUAAGCUGAGAUCGUCAUGGACAGACAUCACGCCGUGUCACGACCUCAAUGUGGUACACAUCUACAUGAACACAGAAGUCUAUACUCUGAAUGCAGAUAGUGUAAUGCUUGCCAAAGCAGAAGUUUCAUUGGUGGAUGCCAAGCAAACAACUCUAGAUGCAGCAAGAGCAGCUGCAGCAGCAUUUAAAUUGGAGAUAAAGUUUAUUCUCACACCGGGAGAGCGCUUCCAAUUGUGGAUCCUCUCCUGCGGUCUUAUCUUUGUUGUUCACAUUAAGACGGGGUUCCUUCUAGCGGCUCUAUCUAUCCCCAACUUAAUAUAUUGUGCAUACGCCUCUUGUAUGGAGGAAUUCAACAGCCUGGUCGUUCUUGAUCAUCUGGGACAGCUUCAUUUCUACGACAUAAGUGAGAUAAUCAGCCUUGUGACAAAGUUUGAAAAGGUCUUCAUGCUUACGAUGCCCAAGGGCUCUAGCUAUGCUAACUUUGCAUCGGCCGUCCACUUUAUUAAUACGUUGAGCACCCAAAGAACCGGGGAGGGACUCUAUGCGCCGUCUGAUGACCUGGAGUUUAUGACAAAGGCGAGCGAGAACCUUAAAAGAAGCUACCCCGUCACCUCUGAUAUGCUGUCGAUAGAGUCUCCGGCUCCAAUUCAGGUGCAGGUGAGCACCAACUUUUUAACAAAGCGACACUACUUCACAGUCUUCGAUGUCAUGCCUAGGGAUAGACACAUAUUUUCCAGCACGGUUGAACCAAUUAUCUGGGAGAUUGUGGACCUGUGCAACAACAACCUGAACAUGAAGCAGAUAAACACCAAUCUGAAAACCCGCUCCCUACUCCCAGAGGAAAAGGCUUGGUAUUCCGGCCAUCCUGUCAUAGUCUGCCCGAAGCUAUUGAACACUAUUUCUACGGUACCGUUUCUGAUUGAUUUAGAUAAGGGAAACAUAGAUGAUAAACUGGACUCCGAUACUACCAAGUCAACGAAAGUGCUGACUCAGUUGUCUAACUUCGGCAUAAUAUCCAUACAAGCUAUUCGUGUGAUCGGGCUUUAUCUCUGCGUGUGUACCACAGGCUAUAUUCUGGCCUUCGAUGCCCGUGAGGCGUGUUACUUGUGCACCCUGGUUCACCGAGGCUGGCCGCAGAAAAUCAAAAAGUAUCUAAGAUACAAUCUCACUACCGCUACACCGAACAGAAUACAGCGCCAGUUAUUAAAUAGAUUCAUUUCCGAAGAGAAAAAAUCCGUGUACUUGCAUGCUUAUGUUUCCGACCAAAUAAAGGAGCAGCUCAAGCAGAUGGAGCUCGAGAGCCUCAACGCAUCAGUAUCUAGUUCCACAAUGGUUGGCGGACUGUCUUCCAUAACGCUGAAGACCCCCCAGGGGUCAAGGCUCAAUAAGGUGCAGACACUGUUUCCCACACCGAUGCUCGGGGAGGUACAGACUCCGUUGGAGGAGACGUGCAGCGACGAGAGAGACCAAUUGAAUACGACACGUUCAGUGGCCAAUUCAAAGAGGAAUCUGACCAUUAUCACACGAAACAAAGAUGGAACCCUGUUGACAUCAGCACCUACAGCCUUUACACCCUAUAGUUUUGGGAAGCUAAUUGGUGCAUCUGCCCCGAUCAAUGAUGUCAGAUUGCUGACACGCCCUGAUGCCCCCUUUCAGCCCAAGGACCUCGGAGUCGGAAAAUUCUUGAUUCAAUCCUGCAUAUCGGACAUCAAGAACACGGCAUUCAAGCAACUGAGCCCAUCGGAGCGGGCAUCAAUGGCGAAAGGAUACACUAAAAGCAUGAACAGGACAAAGAGCGCUAUGACCCAUCUAGUGGCUCUAGACACAUCCCUGAAGGAGCUGUACAAAAAUAAGACUGGGGCCAGCCCGAUGCGCGUUCCACUUUCAUCUUUAGAUGGAACUGCGGGGAAGACCUCCAGCAUCUUGGGAGCAUCAUUGAAGGAGAAGAAUGUGGACUUAACGAGAAGCAUGUUGGACAUACCCGAUCAGGACACUCAACAGGAAGAAGGAAUGCAGGAGUCUGAGGUAAAUAAGAUCCUUGGAAGGGCGUCCGGAACAAUAAAAUCUCUAGAUAGUACCGGGACGCGGCUUGACCUCACCGCGAUAGUCUCUCGAAGAACAUCCUCUAUUUUCAACAGAGAAAAUUCUCCUGUGCGGAAACUGCGUGCAAGUACAGUCGGAGCAACAGAGCAGCUGACCCCGCGGGUUCCUGAAAAUAUAGUUGAAUCAGAAACCAAUAUGCAGGAGUCUACUGCCGUGCCACCAAGUGCGAUAUCUGAAACCUAUGAUAUCCUUAGCAUGCAGAAGCAAGAUAUAGCCAUGUGCUACAAGAAGAAAAUGACAACCAUUAACGGGGGGUACGUGAAUUACAACGCCAUUAAAAAGUAG